AUCCAAACUAUGUACCUGCAUGCUAAAGAGUACAAAAAGUAUCCAAGUACCUCCUAUAUCUAGAUGUGUACCUCACUCUAUGUUGCAACUUUGGAUGCUACCUCAACACCCGGAAUUUCACCACAAGAAAAAUCAUGAAUAUGAACUACAUGAUAUUCCGAUAUCUCCAUCCUCUCAAACCUCAUCAGUGUUCCAGAUCAUAAAAGAGAUGAAAAAGAAAAGAGAAACGCCGGGGAAGUUGCCAGCGUUACAAGUGUUCAGAUCCCGGAAGUCUCGCUCCUCCAUACAUGUAUGUAGGUACUUAUGUAUAUACAUACACGCUUCCUGCUGGCUCCUCCUUCUCCAUGUCGGAUAUGAAAGUACUCAUGUACAAAUCUCCAAGAAUCCUGGAUGGUCUAAUAAAUCUAAUAAAUGGAAAUGGCGAGGCGAAGCGAGAAAAAAAGACUCAAGGUUUGUCCCGCGGAUGUCAUAAUUGUUAUCCGACACACCUGUCAAUUUAUUGUAAGCUUAACAAUAUUGUUAUAUCUACCUCUAUUUCUAGGUACUUAAGACCAUUAGCAUUACCAUUGUUACUCAUCCAAAAUAAAUAUUGACUAUUGACUGACAUACAUACAUGUGUACAACACAAAUAUGAUACUGUUGGAGGCAAGUAUCAAAUCAUUUGUUCAGCUGUUCUAGAAACCAAAACCAGGUGGUCUGCAGGGGGGGAAAGCAGCCCGAACCUAGUGCAUAGAAACCCGACCUUUCCAACCAACCCUCCAGCCCUCCCCAGAUCUCCAACGCCUAUACAUAGAUGUAUAUAUUUUACACAAUUCGGUAUCAUCUUACGUGAAAACCGGGAACCUAAUAACAUAUCAACCAUAGUUGUACUGCUCAGCCUGGUCAAUGUUCGUUUCAUCCCUUAGUGAUUCGGAGCCUUUCCUUUGCACAUAUUGCUCUAUUACAUCCAUUGAUAACACAAUCGGACUAUCACCAGUUGGUGGCCCCCAUUAAGGGAGUGUCUUAAACACCUAUAAAUAUCGCACUUAUAAUAGACC